CCAUAAUCACCUAAACUCUACAGAGGCCAUAAUCACCUAAACUCUACAGAGGCCAUAAUCACCUAAACUCUACAGAGGCCAAUGCAGAACCUGAUUGACCAUGUACUUGCCUUUUAGGCUAUUAGAUAUUUCAAUGUGUAAUUCACACUCCGACCUGAGAAAGGCAGCAAACCAGUGUCUAGUCUACCGGAACACACAAGGGAAAAAUAAGUGCGUUUCCCUUUUCAAACAUCUUAUUAAAGUGUGCCAUUUACUACUCAAGUUUAAUAAGACAUACAGAUAAUUAGCGACGCUUGUUCAACAGGACUGCAUCCGUUCAAAGUUACACGCCAUGAGUUCAAACGUUUCCUUGUCAAAAGUCUGUUUCUGUUUUACAGCGGAGUUGGCGGCAGCCAUCGGUGUGACUGCAGGAGCUACAGCUGCGGGCAUCCUCCUCCUCCAGUACUUCUCCAAGGGGUCAGGGGUUAAGCCCAAGGUCAACUUGGACCUGCAGAAAGACAACCCCAAAGUGGUGCACGCUUUCGACAUCGAGGACCUCGGGGACAAGGCGGUGUACUGCAGGUGUUGGAGGUCCAAGAAGUUUCCGUACUGUGAUGGCGCUCACGCUAAACAUAACCAGGAGACGGGGGAUAACGUCGGUCCUCUCAUCAUGAAAAGAAAGGAGGCCUGAAUCCAAUCAAUCAAUCAUCCAUCCAUGUUAUUCCAUGACUGCUGCUAAACAUACUGAUGCACACAAGUGCUCUUCACUAACAGAAAGGAUGACAGUGGUUGACAGUACACUUGGUAGUUUCUCUGAAAUAUGAUGACCAAAUCACUUUUUUGGCUAUAUUUAUUUAUUGAUUGAUUGAAGCCGCCCUUAAUCACAGGACCAAGCAGUUAUCAAUUUUUGGUGGCAAAUGACUUUGUAAUCAUACCUAGAAUAAUGGUAGAUAUUUCGCUGGGAUUACCAAGGAAACAGGGGUGUGGAAGUACUGUAAAGCAAAGUGCCACGCUGGUUGUAUAUAUUUAAUUGAGCUGUGGUAUCUGUGUUGUUAUUAUCAGAAUGUUUGUUUUGAUCAAUGUUUGCCUUUCUUUUAUACUGUAGACAUCGUAACUUAUCUGUCCCGUUAUGAUAAUCAUAGAGAUCGCAACAUAUCUGUCCAUUAUGGCACCUGUGAGUGUACGGGCAGCGCCAUUGAGGCAAUCUCCAUUUUGAAGUAGUCCAUUUGAAGUAGUCCAUUUUCUUCUUCUGCUGAGUUGGUAAACAAACUGAAAGGGUGCAUACUGCCACCUGGAGGGUGUUGUCUGAACAGGUAUAAAGACAAGGUUGGUGAUUUACUGCCACCUGCAAUUAUGGAAUAUUUGCUCAUGAGUAUAGUUCAUUGGCUGAUCCAUCCUCAUGACCUGGAUGGAAUUAUGUGAGACUUCCUUAACCCAUAGGUUGUCCCACCCAGUUGACUACUUAAAAAUGGUGAAAGUCUUCAAUGGCGCUGUCCAUGCUAAAACGGGCUUUUCGGCAGUAGAGUCCUCUAUCAUUCUCUAUGGUUGAUACUCAGGAGUUUUUCCUGACCACGGGACUUGAUCAGGGAUAUAUCUCUGUACCCUUUUUAUUGUAGCUGUAACUAGGGGCCCAGAGUUUUUCCAUGGUCAGGAAAAACACCUGGUCCUACUGAAAGCAUCAAGGAAACGGAUGAGGUGUGACUUAUUUUGAUUCCACUUGUGAAAUCAAUUGUAAAAUGGUGUCACUUUUCAAUGGAUUUCAGAUAAAGGUUCUACAGCAUUCUUAUCUGCGAAUGAAGCAGUCCUAAUGAUUACCUUGUUGAUUUUUACGUCUGUGUUAAUGGUGAAUCAACAAGUCUAAACAAGUUAAACUUGUUCCAUCCAUACUACAUACCAAUUGCAUUCCUGGGUUGUGUUCAGUGGGCAAAAGAAAACAUGUAAUGUUGUAAAACUAGGUAGGUAGCUUACUAGAGAAAUACUCAGUUUAGUUUUUAGUUUAAAAAAAUAAUGUUUUGUUACGUUUUGCCCGACUGAAUGUUUAGUGGCUGAAUCUGAACUUGUCACGCAGCAUUUCUGGUAACCAGCUUUAAUAAUUCACAGUUCUAUGUAGUUCAGCAUCCCGCCCCCCCCCCCAAACUCAGUCCUGGGGAACCCAAAUGGGUGCACAUUUUGGGUUUUUGCCCCUAGCACUACAGUGCUAAAUCAACUUAUCAACAAGCUUGGACCAUUUGAAUCAGCUGUGUAGUGCUGGAUUCCCCCAGGAAUGAGUUGGGGGGGAGGACGCUGACACCACUAGUGUGAGAAUGUUCAUGUCUACAGUCUGUGUGACCUUUUUGAUUUCCACAAUAUGUGACUUCAUUUGAAUCCAUCACUUUAAAUCGUCAAUAAAAACAAUAUCGUUGUUCUUCUUUCUGCCAAUUAAAUAAUACGUGUUUGUGGGAA